AUGGCAGCCAAAUUAUUGAUAUUCGGCAUUUUCACGCCGGCGCUUCCUGUGGUCGCAAAUGAGUCAUCGGCCACCGACCAUCUUGGGUGGCAGGGCAGCCCCAAUCGUCGAGGCACCUGGGAUAUCAUCCUCAGUUGUGGAACAACAAUUUUCGCAUGCACCUGGAGUAUCCAGCAUUUGAAUGUACCAGCCCCACAUGAUGGCACCGGGAAAAAGCUUCUACGAAGUUGCCAGUGGAUGAUUAUCACGAUUUUGUUUCCCGAGUUUAUCAUGGCACAUGCCUUCUUUGAGCUUUUGAUGGCAAUCGAUGCCACAAAAUUGAUCGAAGAAAACAGCAAGAUGGCAGUGACAUAUCCAUGGCUGAUCAGGAGGCUUUUUCUUCGAGGUCAUGCGCAAAAGAACGACUCCGAACAUUGCAAGGAUUAUAAAGGACCAGAGUGGACCGUCACGCAUUCAUAUUUUGCCAACAUGGGAGGACUUUCCUUCAAGCAUAUAGACGAGACUGCGGAUCAGAAAUGCAUCCAACUUCCUCUCACUGCGUUUCAAUAUGCCAAGCAUCCUGAUCUUUAUGCUAGCCCGGAGAUUCACGAAGAUGACAUCAAAGACAAGGGCAAACAGGAUUACUUCGCCAAGGCAAUUGCUAUAGUCCAAAUAUGCUGGUUGAUUUUCUCCCUUAUCACUCGAAAGAUCCGGGGCUUGCCCUUCUCUCAAUUUGAAACGCUCACCUUGGGUCUCGCGGUCUGUGGUAUUGCCGUGUAUAUCACCUACUGGCACAAACCUCAGGGCAUUGGUGUCCCAAUAAAGCUGACGAAACGAGAAGGCUCCAAAGUGCCCCGAUUUUCUAGAACAUAUGACAGUUUUUGGGAUGUUCUUUCGAACUCAAGAAAAAAGAACGGCUCUCAGCAGGUCCACCGCAUCAAGAAUGACAACAUUCCUCUGGCCAAAUCAGAUAAAUGGCAUUCAACAAUCAUUGCGUUGGCUGUGCUAUCUGCCGCAUUUGGCUGUAUUCAUAUAAUUGCGUGGAAUUUCGAGUUUCCCUCUGACAUAGAGAAGCUCCUUUGGAGAGUCGCAACCGUCAUGUCGAUUGUAGUCCCUGGACUUGGUUUGAUCACCAUUCUACUAGCACAAUUUACUGCUCAGGAUGGUGACCCGCAGGAAUUCAUGCGCAAUUGCCUGAGUGUUCUAAGGGAAUUUUCAUGGUUUUAUCAUGAUACCGAUGCCACCUCGAAGGCAAUGAUUACCUUGGAAAAUAUUUACAACAAUCCAAGCUCGGAAGACGACAACGUACAGUGUUUAUAUAAAGUUAUUCUUUCCGACGACAAAAACUCUCCACUUGGGCCAGAGAUGCUCAAGUUCGUUAAAAAAGAAACCCCUUUUGAGAAACGCAAUUCAAUCCAGCUGCGGGAUAAAUUUGAAUCUCAAUUCGGCUUGCUGGUCGAAUUGAUGGAUGAAGAAGGGCCAAAAAGUUUGAUUGAUAGCGCAAAGACAAAUGUGUUUCCUCGUCGAACCCUGAUCCCAAGAUGGGUGAACUUUCGGCCAUCCUAUAUGCCACCAACUUGA